AUGGUCCUGCUGUUGGCGGCUGCGGCUACCCUUCUACUCUCCAGCUCGUACGCACAGAGUGAAUACGGUCCUGAGUGCGACUCCACCCAGAAAGGCUACCAGUGUCGGCCAGAGAUCUCCCACUUCUGGGGACAAUACAGUCCAUUCUACAGUGUAGAAUCGGAAAUCUCCAGCGAUGUGCCGUCGACCUGCUCAGUCACCUUCGCACAAGCACUGUCUCGCCAUGGUGCUCGUGACCCAACAGCAUCUAAGACGAUAUUGUACAAUGCCACAAUACAGAAGAUUCACACCAAUGUCCAGACCUACCCUGAAAAGUAUGCGUUUCUUCAGAACUUCCAGUACUCUCUGGGAGCCGACCAACUUACGCUCUUCGGAGAGCAGGAGAUGAUCGACUCAGGUGCCAAGUUCUAUCAGCGCUAUCGCCAGCUGGCCAGUCGCCUCAGCCCCUUCAUCAGGUCUGCGUCCGAGGACCGCGUUGUAGGAUCAGCACUCAACUUCACUCAAGGUUUUCACGCUGCCAAGACAGCAGAUGAGCUCUGUGAUUUCAGCGAUCCGGCGUAUCCAUAUCCGAUUGUCAUCAUUUCAGAGGCGACAGGAUCUAACAACACUCUCAACCACGGUCUCUGCACCAAUUUCGAGGAUGGGCCGGAUAGCACGAUCGCUUCCGAUGCACAGAAGACUUGGGCGAAUCUGUUCGUUCCGCCCAUCCAGACUCGCAUCAACAACGACCUUCAGGGCGCAUCACUUACGGUGACGGAGAUCAUCUACUUGAUGGACCAAUGCCCGUUCAACACAGUCGCAUCUCCUGACGGCACCAUCUCCUCCUUCUGCGACCUGUUCACCGAAGAUGAAUGGCACCAGUACAAUUACUAUCAGACUUUGAACAAGUUCUACGGGUACAGCUACGGGAACCCGCUGGGUCCGACACAAGGAGUCGGCUUCACGAACGAGCUCAUCGCACGCAUGACGGACUCCACCGUCCAUGACCAUACUUCCACCAACCACACUCUCGAUGACAACCCGGCGACUUUCCCACUUGGCAUGCAACUCUAUGCCGACUUCAGCCAUGACAACGACAUGACUGCCAUUUUCUCCGCUGUGGGCCUUUACAACUGCACUGACCCACUUUCCAACACGACGCUCACUGAAGCGGGAGAAGCGAAGGGAUAUAGCGCGUCGUAUACGGUGCCGUUCGCCGCUCGAGCAUACUUUGAGAAGCUCGUGUGUGCAGGAUAUGCCGAGGAGCAAGUUCGUGUGAUUGUCAACGACAGGGUUCUGCCGUUGGAGCAAUGUGGUGGCGACGAGUUUGGGAGAUGUUCCUUGAGCAAGUUCAUCGAGAGUCUGAGUUUUGCUAGCAGUGACGGGCUUUGGAAUCAGUGCUUCGUGUGA